UCGGAGUGAGCUGACGUCACGAAACUUUUCCAGCGGAGUGUGCGUGCGUGGAUGAUGAGAGGGUGUGAGCGUGGAGAACACAGCGAGUGAGUCCACCGCUCGCUCAGGACGGGUGAAGGAGUCCAAUUUUCACUAAGUAAACCGGGACCGUUCUUUAGCUCCGGAAAGUAAACGCUUGGAAUCGAGACGAAAUUGGAUCGCGGAUCGUCUGGCGCAUCGCUUCUUUUUCAAAUAGAAACUUUAAGUCUUGAAAAGUAGAGGUGGCACAUUCCAGGAAAUCGCAGCUGAGACGGAGUGUUUUCCAGCAUGAACCGGGCAUUUAACAGGAAAAAAGAUAAAUCAUGGAUGCAUACUCCAGAAGCCCUGGCCAAACAUUUUAUAGCAUACAAUGUGAAGUUUCUGGGGAACACUGAGGUUGAUCAACCCAAAGGUACAGAAGUUGUAAGAGAUGCUGUCAGAAAGCUGAAGGGUGUAAAGGACUUUGGUAAAAUAAGAAAUGCUUUUCAGAGACACAUUAAGAAGUCAGAGGGACAGAAGACCCCCAAAGUGGAAUUACAAAUCUCCAUAUAUGGAGUGAAAAUAUUAGAUCUUAAAUCAAAAGAAGUACAGUACAACUGUCAGCUGCACCGAAUAUCUUUCUGUGCGGAUGAUAAAACGGAUAAAAGGAUAUUCACAUUCAUUUGCAAAGAUUCAGAGUCCAACAAACAUCUCUGCUAUGUGUUUGACAGUGAAAAAUGUGCGGAGGAGAUCACUUUGACCAUUGGCCAAGCCUUUGAUUUGGCAUACAAGAAGUUUCUGGAAUCUGGAGGGAAAGAUGUGGAAACAAGGAAACAGAUAGGAGGCCUUCAAAAAAGAAUUCAAGAUCUUGAAGCUGAAAAUUCUGAGUUGAAGAAGCAAUUACAAGUUUUAGAGGAGCAACUGAUGAUCGCUCCGGUUCCCCCUCUUCUUCAUAUUAACUCUUCUAAUGAGGCCUAUAUGCUUCAGAGACCUUCAUCUCUGUUCUGGUGUCACAACGUGACGUCUUACUCUUGUCUCGAAAUCUCUUCUGUCACACUAACGCCAAUGAGCUCGCCCGACUCUAACCUUUCUGCCGGUCUUCUGACACCUCCACCUGCUAAAACGACUCAUAUAGAGCCUCCCACUGGAGUCAGUGUUCCUCGCUCUUCUGGAAACAGCCUGUCCUCAAAGACGCCCACCGACGUAUUCGACAUGGUUCCAUUUUCUCCAAUGACCCCUCUGGUUCCAUUACCAGCGAGUAAUGGCUCGCCUCCUCCACCUCCAGCCAGACCUACAGAGAUGAGGAAAGAUCUUUUCGGUGCAGAACCGUUCGACCCCUUCACCUGCGGGGCAGCUGAUUUUCCCCCAGACAUUCAGUCCAAGCUGGAUGAGAUGCAGGUGACUGCAUGUCUGUGAAUUAUUAGCAAAUGGACUGGUGUAUAUGAGCAGCUAAUGGAGCUGACGGAGGGGUUCAAAAUGGGACUAACAGUAGAGGGCGCUGUCUUUUCCCUUGAUCCACUAGAUGGUCGCUGCUGAUGCCAGGAGGAGAUGUUGAUCACAUUCAUGUUAAACCAUUUGUAUGAAAGUGCCAAACUCGGGUUUACAGUCGAUGUCAAUGUUUUAAUUUUUUCUUAUGCAUUUAAACUUGGUUUACGAAAAGUCUUGAAAUCCGAAGCAGUAGAUGACUAUUUUUCUAAGAACUGAAACCGUAAUGUUGUUUUAACACUCCUUGCUUGUACAGGCAAUGAAGGAUGUAGAAAAUCGUGUAUGUUAAAUUGCAUACGUGUUAUCAAACUACACAUACAAACAGCAUUUUUUUUAAAGAAAUAAUCUGUAUUGGAGAUCACGGCUGUAUAAUGUCGCGCAACAACUCAUAACGUUUUCUUGAUAGCGAUAGUUCCCUAUACAUUAUUUUGUAUAUAUAUUUUUAACACGUAAUGCAUUACUAUACGUAACACUAUAGGGGAUAGUAAACUCGCUCCUUUUGUAUUAAAAAAAAAAAAACAAGACAAGUAAAAUGAAGAUAUUGUUUUUGUUUAUCGUAAUGGAUUGCAGUAUUUUUUAACCGAGCAGCAGUGCCAUAAAUUGCAGGAUUGGACUAUUUCCACAUUAACAUGUCCUUGUAUUGCAGUUUAAUUUUAUAUUAUAUAUUUUAGUAUACUCUUGCACAAGGAAGCACUUUGGAGGAGCAGUGUCAAUGUAUUAUUGUAAAUUCACUUUGUAAGCAUUAUUUCAGCCUUUGCUGUUGUAGCCAUUAAAAAAAAACGGUACAGA